AUUUAUAUUCAGACAAUAAAGGCUCGAUUUCAGAAAACCAGUUUGAUUCAAAAUCGGGAGAUUUUCACAUAGUCACCAUGGUCCAGUGGUCAGCUUGCGAGCGCUCCGCCAUCAGUUCCCUGUGGAGAAAAAUCGAUGUGGGGGAGAUUGGACCCCAGGCUCUGACCAGGCUUUUGAUUGUAUAUCCGUGGACUCAGAGACACUUCUCAUCAUUUGGCAACCUGUCCACCAACGCCGCCAUCCUGGGAAAUGAGCAAGUCGCAGAGCAUGGCAAGACAGUGAUGGGAGGGCUGGAAAGAGCUGUGAAGAACAUGGAUGACAUCAAGAACGCCUACACCGAGCUGAGCGUGAUGCACUCUGAGAAGCUCCAUGUGGAUCCUGAUAACUUCAGGCUUCUUGCUGAGUGCAUCAGUGUGUGCGUGGCUGCCAAGUUCGGCCCCUCCGUCUUCACCGCUGAUGCCCAGGAGGCCUGGCAGAAGUUCCUGGCUGUGGUUGUGUCCGCUCUGGGCAAACAGUACCACUGAGGCUCAGGAGAUGGAGGUCCAGUCAAAUGAUGUGCAGCAGUCCUGCAAGUGCUGAAAUGUCUCUUCUUCUGCCUUGUAACUGUUGCCAAACACAAACAAUAAAACUCAAUUUCAAUGCA